UCGACUAAAAUCGACUUUAUGCAAUGGCGUUUGGUUUUUAAGACACUAUUAGGAACUGUGUUGGUUCAACUGUACUGAACUGUAUUAAGCAAAAUUAUAAAAUCUAGGAAAUUAUAAGACUAUUACAAUGCAGAGCAAUAGAAGUUCAUCUUCAAUCUCUAAUGCAAGAUCUCCUAGGGAACGCAAAGAUUGUCUCAAACGUGCUUUAGAGAAGACACUUAUUUUACAGGAUGCAGUUAGUGGCUCUACAAUAACUAAACUAGAUGAAGCAAUAUUUGAAGUUGAUAAUGUUACUAAUGAGACAACUUUAUAUGAUAAAGUUUUUAAUCACCAAGAAGUACUUAUUGAUUCGCAAAUGAUGAUGUGUUCUUCCAAAGUUAUCAAAACUUGUGCUGUUUCAUUGACAAAAAGAAUGCGCGAUUAUGAUCAUGUUGAUUUUGCACAGAAAGUGGUAAAGUACUUGCAGGAGGCUUCACAGGAUGAUGAUGAUGCUGUACAGCCAGUGAAUUGGUUUCUUUUAGAAACGCGAAUAACAAAAUUGUUCAAAAAAGUUCCUAAUUACAACACAUUAUUAGGUGCACUGGAGCCUUUAGAAAAAAAAGUACCAAACAAAAGAAAAUCUAUGAAGAAGACAGCACUGCAGGCAGUAAUGAAAGUACCGGAUAAAAUAGUGUCACAGACUACUACAGAAGAAGACAGUGUAGAACAAACUAUGCGAAAGAUCAGAAAAUUAAUCUUAGGUUAUUGCAAGGAAAGACAAGAGCCACUUGAUUUAUUUAAAUUAAUUAUACAUCCCGACGACUUCGGAAGAACCAUCAGAAAUUUGUUAUAUGUAUCUUUCCUUGUUAAGGAUGGAGUAGUGAAAUUGAGUAAAGAUAAUCGUGGAAGCCUCGUUGUACAACCAAAUCGCAAGGCAGAUCAACAAAAUGAACACUCUAGUAACAGAACGGGUGCUCAAACCAUCAUCUCGUUAAAUAUGCAUCAGUGGACUGUAUGUAUUAAAAUGUUUCUACGAAGUGACACAACCAAUGAUCGAUUUCGAUGAAGCCAAUAAUGUAUAAAUUAAUUCUUAUUAACAUAUUUUAGAACUUGUUACUCUUUUUUUCUCUUAUUUCUAUUUAUAAUUUCCUGUUUUUUUAAUUAUAUGUACGAUUCAAUAUAAUUGUAAGUUUCUAUAUACAGUACUAUGUUCAGUAAAUUCUUUAUUAUAUUGCAUAAAUUUUUCAUGCACUAAUGGAAGUUUAAUAAAGAAGUUUUUGUAAAAUUUUUAUUAAUAUCUAACACAUAUACUU